CCGGGCGGCGCUGUCCUGGGAGCGAGGAGGCUGUGGUGAGAGACGGACCGAGACCGGAGAUGUUUUCAAGCCUGGCCCUGGCGGCGUUAGUGGCGGUUGCAGCGGCGACGAAGACAACGACAACGACGGCCACGCCGAGGCACUCACUCAGGGGGUAAACCCUCCUGCGCCCGCCGCGCCUCGGGUCCGUGCGGGCGAGGGGGGCGUGGCGACAGAAGAGGAGGAAGGAGGGGCGCGGUUUCGAGCCCGUCCCCGGCGCCUGGACGGAGACCCCCUCAGUACUGCGCUGCUCCCGUUCCCCUCCGCAGAGCAAGAUCCAGGAUGAGAAGACUGAUAAAAGAAGAAGCUAGCUGAACAGCUAUAAAAUGCCCAAAUCUGGGUUCACAAAACCAGUUCAGAGUGAAAAUUCUGACAGUGACAGCAAUAUGGUAGAGAAGCCAUAUGGAAGAAAGAGUAAAGACAAGAUUGCAUCUUAUAACAAAACUCCAAAAAUUGACCGAAGUGAUGUGAGCAAGGAGAUGAAAGAGAAAUCAUCCAUGAAACGUAAACUUCCUUUUACUAUUAGCCCAUCAAGAAAUGAAGAACGAGAUUCAGACACAGAUUCAGACCCAGGACAUACAAGUGAAAAUUGGGGGGAGAGACUUUUAUCUUCUUACAGGACAUACUCAGAGAAAGAAGGACCUGAGAAGAAGAAAACAAAAAAGGAAGCUGGAAAUAAGAAAUCCACUCCAGUUAGCAUUCUCUUUGGUUAUCCACUCUCUGAGCGGAAGCAGAUGGCACUUCUCAUGCAGAUGACAGCAAGAGACAACAGUCCAGAUUCCACACCAAAUCAUCCAUCACAAACACCAACCCAGAAGAAAACUCCCAGUUCUUCAUCUCGGCAGAAAGAUAAAGUUAAUAAAAGAAAUGAACGUGGUGAGACUCCAUUACACAUGGCAGCUAUUCGAGGAGAUGUGAAGCAAGUCAAAGAAUUAAUAAGUUUAGGGGCAAAUGUGAAUGUGAAAGAUUUUGCAGGUUGGACUCCACUGCAUGAAGCAUGCAAUGUUGGAUAUUACGAUGUUGCUAAGAUCCUUAUUGCAGCUGGAGCAGAUGUCAACACACAAGGAUUAGAUGAUGACACUCCACUCCAUGAUUCUGCUAGUAGUGGGCACAGAGAUAUAGUGAAACUAUUACUUCGUCAUGGUGGAAACCCAUUUCAAGCUAAUAAGCAUGGAGAGCGCCCAGUGGAUGUAGCAGAAACAGAAGAGUUGGAAUUACUACUAAAAAGAGAGGUGCCUUUGUCAGAUGACGAUGAAAGCUAUACAGAUUCUGAAGAGGCUCAUUCUGUAAACCCUUCUAGUGUUGAUGAAAAUAUUGACUCCGAAACAGAAAAAGACUCUCUCAUUUGUGAAAGUAAACAGAUACUUCCCAGUAAAGCACCUCUUCCAUCUGCCCUCGAUGAGUAUGAAUUCAAAGACGAUGAUGAUGACGAAAUAAAUAAAAUGAUUGAUGAUAGGCAUAUUCUUCGAAAAGAACAACGGAAAGAGAAUGAAUCUGAAGCAGAAAAGAAUAGUCUAUUUGCAAAACAGGAGAAAACCUUCUACCCUAAAUCAUUUAAAAGUAAAAAGCAAAAGCCAUCUAGGGUUUUGUAUUCAAGUACUGAAAGUUCUGAUGAAGAAAUUCUUCAGAACAAAAAAGUUUCUACUCCAUGUUGUAUCCCUGAAGCAUCAAGUUCUGAUAUACAGACCAAAAAAGAAUAUGUACUUUCAAGUGAACACAAGCAGAAAGGCAAAGUUAAAAGAAAGUUAAAAAACCAGAACAAAAAUAAAGAGAAUCAAGAGCUGAAGCAAGAUAAAGAAGGGAAAGAAAAUACCAGGGUAACGAACUUGACAGUUAAUGCUGCACUAGACUGUUCAGAAAAGGUCAGAGAGGAAGGGAGUUUUAGGAAAUCUUUUAGCCCAAAAGAUGAAGCUUCAUUACAUUUAUUUCAUAUUUCUACUGGUAAAUCUCCCAAGCAUUCUUGUGGAUUAAGUGAAAAACAGUCAAUACCACUAAAGCAAGAACAUAUUAAAACAUGUUUAUCACCAGGAAGCUCUGAAACAUCAUUACAGCCUGAUCUCGUUCGAUAUGAUAACACAGAGCCUGAACUCUUGCCAGAAAGUUCAAGUGUAAAAUCUUGUAAGCAUAAGGAAAAAAAUAAACAUCAGAAAGAUUUCCACAUAGACCUUGGUGAAAAAUCAAAUGCCAAAAUAAAGGAUGAAGAUCAUAGUCCAACAUUUGAAAAUUCAGAUUGCACACUGAAAAAAAUGGACAAGGAGGGUAAAACUUUAAAAAAGCAUAAAUUGAAACAUAAAGAGAGAGAAAAAGAAAAGCACAAAAAAGAAACUGAAGGUGAAAAAGAAAAAUACAAAAAUAAAGAUGGUGCCAAAGAACUACAGAGGAGUGUGGAAUUUGAUAGAGAAUUUUGGAAAGAGAAUUUUUUUAAAAGUGAUGAAACAGAAGAUCUGUUUUUAAAUAUGGAACAUGAGUCCUUACUGUUGGAAAAGAAAUCAAAAUCAGAAAAAAACUUAAAAGAUGAUAAAUCAACCAAGGAAAAGCAUGUCUCAAAAGAGAGAAACUGUAAAGAAGAAAGGGAAAAAGUUAAAAAGGAAAAUGAGAAAUCUUUUAGGGAAGAGAAAGUAAAAGACCUAAAAGAAGAAAGAGAGAAUGUACCCGCAGAUAAAGAAACAGAAUUCAGUUCUUUAGGUAUCAGUACCAGUGAGGAAUCUGUAGGGCUACAUCCAGCAGAAAAGGAAAUGGACAUUGAAAAACAAGAAAAACAUAUCAAAGAAAGUAAGGAAAAAUCUGAGAGACGAUUUCAAACUAAAGAAAAGGAUGCUGAGAAAACUGAAAGAAAAAAUUCUGAAAAAGAGAAGAAGAUAAAGCAUGAGCAUAAGUCAGAAAAAGACAAAUCAGAUCUUUGCGAAAGUGUUGACAGAGUAAAAGAAAAGGACAAGCUGUAUUCACAUCACACAGAAAAAUGCCAUAAAGAAGGUGAGAAGACCAAGAGUAUUACUCUUAAAAAAACCGAUGAUAGAGAGAAAAGUAGGGAAAAGAUGGAUAGAAAACAUGACAGAGAAAAAUCUGAAAAAGAGAAGCAUCUAGCAGAAAACAAAGAAAAGCACUUGAUGGAGAAAAAAAAACAAUCAGAUAAUUGUGAGUAUACUAAAUCAGAAAAAGGCAAAAGCAAAGAUAAAGACAGGGAGGCAGAUAAAAAGGAAAAAUCUAGAGACAAAGAAAGUGUAAAUAUAUCUAACUCUAAACACUUACAGGAAGAGAAAAAGUCAAGUAUAGUAGACAGUAGUAAAGCACAAUAUGACAAAACCUUGUCCCUUAAAGAGAAAACAAAAGAUGAGCCUUUGAAAACUCCAGAUGGAAAGGAAAAGGAUAAAAAAGAUAAAGAUAUAGAUAGAUACAAAGAACGAGACAAACAUAAAAUCCAGCUAAAUAGUUUAUUCAAACUAAAACCUGAAGUAGAUAAGCCUAAACCUAAGUCAUCACCAGCAUCAAAAGAUACUCGACCUAAAGAAAAGAGGUUAGUGAAUGAUGAUUUAAUGCAGACAAGUUUUGAGCGAAUGCUAAGCCUGAAAGACCUAGAGAUAGAACAGUGGCAUAAAAAACAUAAGGAAAAAAUAAAGCAAAAAGAAAAGGAACGAUUGAGAAAUCGUAACUGUUUAGAACUUAAAGUAAAAGAUAAAGAAAAAACAAAACAUGCACUAGCUGAAUCCAAAAAUAAAGAACUUACUAGAUCAAAGAGUUCAGAGUUAACUGAUGCUUAUCUCAAGGAGAAACAAUCUAAAGAUGCUGUAAGUAGCCGGUCACAAUCUGUUGACACCAAAACUACAGUGAAUUUAGGGAAGUCAUCCUUCGUUUCAGAUAGUAGCUUAAACAGGUCAGAAAAUGAAAAGCCAGGUCUCAGCUCUAGAUCUGUAUCUCUGAUCUCUGUUGCUAGUUCAGAAGAUUCCUGCCAUACUACAGUGACAACUCCAAGGCCUCUAGUUGAGUAUGACUCUGACUUCAUGUUAGAAGGGUCAGAAUCCCAAAUGUCCUUUUCCCAAUCACCUUUUUUGCCAGUUGCCAAAUCUCCUGCCCUUCAUGAAAGGGAAUUGGACAGCCUGGCUGAACUGCCAGAGAGGAUUAAAACUCCGUAUGCAAGUAGACUAGCAGCAUCCCAUCUCAGGUCAUCUUCUGUAGAAGACAUUAAACUAAUUAUAAGUGAGGGGAGACCUGUAGAAGUUCGAAGAUGCAGCAUGCCAUCUGUCAUUUGUGAACACGCAAAACAAUUCCAAAAUGUAUCAGAAGAAAGCAAUCAAGGUAGUUUAUUAGCUGUGCCAAGAGAUAUUUGUCCUUCUCCCAAACUGGAGGUGUCUUCAAACGUGCCUGAAAAAGACCUUUCACAUAUGUCCCAUGUACAUUCCAGUUUUGCAGCCUCACCAACCAGAUCUGUAAACAGCAAAUAUAUUUCAGCUGAUACCAAUGUUAUCAAGAGUACUGCUUCAGUGGGCACUUUAAUGGACAGUCCUGUGCAUUCAGAGCCAUCUAAUCAGGUUGGUGUGAUCCAGAAUAAAUCAUGGGAGAUUCCUGGUGAUAGACUGGAAUCGUUAAGCACCAGUGAUGUUAUCUGCCCAAAUUCUAGUAUGCCUGAUCAAGAUUCCUCUGUGCAGGGUUUUGGUAACUCUGAAAACAAAAUGCUCAGAGAACAGAAUGCUGAUUUUUUAUCCCUGCACCAGACUGAACUGCCAGGAAAUUCAUGUGCUCAGGAUCCAGCAUUUCUGCCUUCACAGCAACCUUGCUCUUUUGCCAGCCAACCACUUUCAGAUGCUGAAUCUAUUUCUAGACAUAUGUCUUUGUCAUACGUUGCCAAUCAAGAACCAGGUAUUUUACAACAGAAAAAUGUUGUUCAAGUUAUAAGUUCUGUUUUAGAAACUGACAAUGAAUCUAUAAAAGAUGUAGAAAAUAAUUUUGUUCUAGAUGUUCAGAAGACAGAUACCUUUGUCCCAGUGUACUCUGAAAGCACUGUACAAGAAGCAGCACCAAACUUUGAAAAGGCUAAUACUUUACCCAUAGUGCCAUCAGAAAAGGAUUUAAAUGGAAGUGAUGCUGUCUCCCAGUUAAAUACACACUAUGCAUUUAGCAAGCUAAUUUACAAGUCUUCCAGUGGCCAUGAAGGUGAGAAUAUUACAACUGAUGUUCAGAUUAUUUCACACGAAAGAGAAAAACUGGAGAGUUUGGUUUUAACAGACUUGAAUAAGUGUGAUUCUGAUUUAUGUGAAAUGAAUGAAGGGAUGCCAAAAGGAAACCUCAGUGAACAAGAUCAUCCAAAACAUUGUCCUGAAGGUGAAAAGUGUUUGCUUCCCAUUGAUGAUGAGGAAUCUCAGCAAAGCACUUUAUCAACUAUGGAGAACCACUUACAACAGUCAGCUCAACCAGAAAUGCAUAAGUAUGGCCAGUUGGUUAAAGUAGAAUUAGAAGAAAAUGGUGAUGAUGACAAAGCUGAAAAUCAAAUCCCUCAAAGAAUGACUAGAAACAAGGCAAAUACAAUAGCAACUCAAAGCAAACAGAUUCUUACUAGCUGUACAGUGUUAUCAGAAAAAGACAGUGAAUCCUCAUCUCCUAGAGGAAGAAUAAGAUUAACUGAAGAAGAUGAUCCUCAAAUUCAUCAUCCACGGAAAAGGAAAGUGUCACGUGUACCUCAGCCUGUGCAAGUGAGUCCCUCUUUACUACAAGCAAAAGAGAAAACUCAGCAGUCUCUAGCAGCCAUUGUAGACUCUCUGAAACUCGAUGAGAUUCAGCCAUAUAGUUCAGAGAGAGCAAAUCCAUAUUUCGAAUAUUUGCAUAUAAGGAAAAAAAUUGAAGAAAAGCGCAAAUUGCUAUGUAGUGUUAUUCCUCAAGCACCUCAGUAUUAUGAUGAAUAUGUAACAUUUAAUGGAUCAUAUCUCCUGGAUGGAAACCCCUUAAGCAAGAUUUGUAUUCCUACAAUUACACCACCACCUUCAUUGUCAGAUCCACUUAAAGAACUAUUUCGGCAACAGGAGGUUGUAAGAAUGAAACUACGUUUGCAACAUAGCAUUGAAAGGGAAAAACUCAUUGUGUCCAAUGAACAGGAAGUUCUACGGGUUCAUUACAGAGCUGCAAGAACUCUGGCAAAUCAAACACUGCCUUUUAGUGCUUGUACUGUCUUACUGGAUGCGGAAGUGUACAAUGUACCAUUGGAUUCUCAGUCUGAUGACAGUAAAACUUCUGUAAGGGAUCGCUUUAAUGCAAGACAGUUCAUGUCUUGGUUACAAGAUGUGGAUGAUAAAUUUGACAAAUUAAAGACGUGUCUUUUAAUGAGGCAACAACACGAAGCUGCAGCUUUAAAUGCUGUCCAGAGACUGGAAUGGCAGCUCAAACUCCAGGAGCUUGAUCCUGCCACCUAUAAAUCUAUCAGCAUCUACGAAAUCCAGGAGUUCUAUGUUCCCCUCGUUGAUGUUAAUGAUGACUUUGAAUUGACUCCAAUAUAGCAGUCGUUGUUUCCUGAUGGCGUUGUCCUGACCGGAUGUGCUCCAAGUGCUACACUGUGGAAUACUGCCUUUUGACGCAAACACUGAUGUUACGCCUUUGAAUUGGUUCAGUUGAAGUUGGCUGUGUAGUCAACCCACUGUCACUUGAUAAGAAAUAAGGCUUAUUUUGGAUCUGAGGUCCAAUCAGUUUCUAGCGGGAAACUGUUCCUUAUGUUGGUGGAAGGUAACAGUUGCAUUAGAGCAUGUUGGCAGACUGUGGCAGGCGUUGAAAACGCGAAGAAUCUGCUAACAGCGCUGGAAGUUGUUAGCUCUCUCAUGUGAUGAGAUGACCACUGGUGUUCAGAUCUCUUUCAGGUUUUAUUAGAAGAUAUCCGUGAACUACAAGGCUUAAUUUCUACCAAAUAGUUUCUAAUGUGGAAGAAAAACUUGGCACAAAAUUUCUUGAGUUUAAUACAUCUGUAAAUUAAUUGUACAUUUUCUUUUUGAAAGUUUUACUAUUGUCUUCCUUUUUAAUAACUUAUUUUAUAUAUAUUGUGCAGAUGUAAAUCUUGUAAUUAAAGGUCACAGUGUAUCCAAAGGGAUUGGUAGUGAGAGCGUGUACAGAGAAAUAACUGUAAACUGUUUCGUCCCCUGUUUUAUUGGACCAAAGUCGUGGUGUGUGUGGAGCACAGUAGUAGUGUGUUCAGGUAGCAGAGCUGCGGUAGGCAUGCACGUGUUUGAGUUAGCUUGUUUUCCUCACCAUAGCUGUAAGAGUCGUGACUUGGUUGUACCGCAUGCUUCGGUGAUUUAACUCUCUCCAUAACUGAUGCCUGGAGCAGUGUAAGGCGUUUCAUGCUCGUCUCCUGUGGUAGAGCUUGUGACUUACUGUGUUGGGCCUAUUAUUUAGAAUUAGUCAGACAGAGAAACUUAGCUCUUUUCUCAUCUCACAGUAGAGCCUGUUUUCCCCCAGGGGAAAAAAUGCCUUUGAAUGAAAAUUCUAAAAUUGUAAAUGUCUAUUUUAAUACUCAGCAAUGAAUGAAUCUGUGAAUAUAUGUAAAUAUGUUUAAUAAAUUUUAUUGGUCAUGUUAUAUCAUUGUAAAACUUUUUUACAUUGCUUAAAUUUAAUGUUUUAAGCUUAAUAACCUUUGCACUUUUAAAAUAAAAACUGAGUACUAGGAUCAAAAAAGAUAUUUGAUGUCAAAAUAAGGAAAGAAAUUAAGAAUAUUCCAAUUGAUCUCUGAAAUGUUUAUGGAAAAUUAAUUAACAUGUAUUUUUCCUUGUAUCAAGAAGCAAAGCAUAUAAUUUGCAAAAUUUUAUACUUGCAAUAAGACUUGGUAUGCUAUUUUAUAAUAAAAUAAUUAGCAAUAUACUUAGAAAAAGUCCGGUUUCUCCUGUAACAUGAUAUAGAUGAAAUAUUCAGGACUAUUUCAGAUCUGGAACCUGCUGCAGAACUUGUUCAGCAUUUUUGAAUGGAAAAUGAAGUUAAUGUAAAAUUCAUCAUAAGUAUAUGAGAUAAAAUUUAAGAAACUUUCCACAAUCCUUUCUUGAAUUCUGCUUUUAUUCUGAUAGAGAAAAGUGAAGAGAAGAGAUAAGGGGUGACGUGACUGAAAUUCACUAGCAAAUUGGCUGUCCCAGAUCAUGGGAGAGAAUAUUGAAGUUUUUGAGUGCAAAGGUACAUAUUAAGCUUCGGGAUAUUGGAAUUUUUACAUUAAUUUAUAUUUUAAUUCUUACUGUACUUGGCAUGCGCAAUAAAGCAGCACGUGUAAAAGCUACACAGUGCAAGGACUUUAUCAUAAAGGUUGCUGUAGUUUUCUUUAGAGUUUAGGUGAAGGAUUUGUGGCCCUUUUUGUUGGAUAAGUGGGCCAGAAAGGCAGGGUAGAUUUUGAAGCACUGGUUUUGUUGAAGUUAAGUUUUAAUUAAAACUGGGAACAUGAAAAGCUAACUUAUAAAAGCAAUACUUUUAAUGCAAAAAAAUGUAAUGCAAACUUGUUUCUACUUUUGCCUCAAAAGGAAAUUUGAUGGGAUAGUGUGGCAAAUCGUAAAAGUCAAAAACCAGAUUAUUGAGCCUUGAAGUUGUAGAAAAUAAGAGGGGUAAGUUUCCCGAGCCUUUCCUUCUGCUGGUCCACUCAGGAGCGGGGAGGGGUGGAGCGGGGCAGGGCUGUCACUGUUUGGCCAAACAAAACAGGCUCCCCCAGAGACAAGCAAGCAGGCGAGAAUCUGGUGAGCUUUAGCCGCGCCAGCUUUGCCAUCUUACCCAGGUCUCGCUCUUGAGUGGUACCUCAGAAAGCUGGAGCCUCCUGCCUGGGUCCGCACAUCUCCUCUGUCAGGUAACUCGGAGCUAAUGGGGACAGCUUCAAGUUACUGCCUUCUCAUUGGACAUUUCUAAUCAAGGAAGUUGCUGAGGGCUUCUGACAUCGAAGAUAAUCUAAAACCCUGAAAUGCUAGGGAAAAACGUGGAAUGGGCUGUAUACCUAAAAAGGUUACAGGUUCUGAAAGAAAAACAAAAGUGGUUAGUUUAAUCAGUGACUCUUUUUAAACUAUUCAAAUAUCAUGAACAAGAUACUAAAUUGUACCUAAGGAUUUGUAUUUCUUUAAAUCUUGUUCUAAAUCAUAUCUGUUUAAUAAAUGACUAGUUGAUAUUUGUGCAUGUUAUUUAAUAAAGA